AUGGAUUUUAUCAAUCAUAAGACAACCCAAAAGGCAAGAGUCGAGCUCCCCGAGGCGACUCUGGCCUCGGCUUCUGAGGACAAGGAAAACCGCGUCCAAGAUUCAGAGCCCACUCCAGCUAGAAAGCGACGCCGGGCUAUGGGCUCGGAUAAUAUUCUGCAGGAGCAUGGCAAAGGAAAGAGAAAACUUUCUCAUAUCGAGGAAGAUGUGGCUCCUUCAGAAGGGGUCUCUACCUCAACGCCGCCAUCCACCGACGACAAGGAAUCCGACGCCAUACAGCGCGAUAACCUUGACGCCGAAAUCGACGCCGAAAUCGACGCCGAAAUCGACGCCUUACUAGACAACGAGAUCGACGACGAUGAAAUCGAAGACAUCGGUGAUGAUGACAUUAUUGUCAGUCCAGAUGACAUCGAUGAAGAGGACUUUGUCAGCGAGGUCAAAACCGAGCCGACCAUCCUCGUUCCAACUACCGUUGCUGAUGGCAAGUUCGCAGUCAUACUGCGGAAGACAAUCAGCCAACUAGUAGACUGGGCAAAAGAGCACGACUACACGGCUAUGAGUCCAAAGGACAUGGCCGUGACCUGGGGAUUCUGGCGACUACUUUGUCGCGUAUCAGUUGACUUCCUAGUCGAUUUGAUACUUCCCGGAGUACCUCUGCAAGUCCAAGCUCUGUUCGAGAAGGAGACAUGGUCCUUAGAGGAUCUCCUGUCCCUUCCGCUAACUGGUGAUGAUAAACGCCAAGGUAUCUAUGGCAAUUUUGUCACCGGUCAAAUUAAAAAUCCGGGUGAUAUAGGAUGUGACGCCUAUGUAGGGUCAUCAAAAUGUCUCGCACGACGUGUCUCCGAACAUCUGGGCAUUUCUCGGAAUUAUUCAUCCAACUGUCUGCCGCGAGAUAACAAGCGAAGCCUCCAUUAUAAGCAAAUUUGCCGAGAUGGAGCGCAUUGCAACUUCAGAUUGCUUGUGGUAUUCAAUCAGCCUGUUGAGGAUGGAUAUCUCCUCCUCGUAGAAGGCAUAUUCAUGGUGCUUUUAGGAACCUAUACGUACCAAGGAUACAUCCACAGGUAUGCAACGCAUGCCACAUAUAAGUUGACGGAAAGAAUCAGAGAAAGUCUGAACCUUCCGUUAAUCUCUUGGCCCGGGAUGAAUGCGGCAUGGCCUUUAUAUCAAGGGUUCUAUAAUAGAGCCGCUGGGUCGCCGUCCGAGUGCAGUAAUCCAGCCUGCGACAAGAUGACUUAUCCAAAGCAUCUGCGCCCUGAUGAUGCACCAAAAUCCCGGCGCUAUCACUUGAACUUCGGUGACCCUCUAGGCCCAUAUAUAUGUGGCUGCUGUGGCAACUACAGAUUUAAGCACGGGGUACUUCCAGACAGAGAGUUCCUCGACAAGAUCGCAAUGCGUUUGGAAACGAGGAAAGCUGCUGGAAGAGACGCAAAAUGCGAAUGUUGCGAAAGGCUCGAAUCGCAAAAUCUUGUAAGGUGGGACACGACAAAAAGGGACAAAAGUCCACGAACUGUCGGUCACCAGAUUCAUGAUCUCUUCCCGGGUAAAUUUCUUUGCCAGCCAUGCUGGGAGUUUGUUAAAGACAAACAAAGAAUGCGCACUUCUGAGGAGGUCAUCAUAUUCCUUGACACUGUGUAUCUGAUAGAGGCUCGGAAAGCAGGCGAGGACAUCAUAUGCGACAAUUGUGGCGAGAUUGAGGGUUCUCCUGCGUGCAGUGGGAAGAAACAUCUCACAAAUCGCGAAACCCGGAAAUUGCUUUGUUAUCAAUGCGAUUUCUAUUAUCGUAAAAACAAGGAACAUCGGCCUCUGACACUAGCUCAAGCCCAUGUGCUCCGAGGGAAGAUGUUAGCUGACCGGAAAGCCGGCAACGAGAUCGUGUGUGGCAAUUGUGGAAUAGCCGAGGGCUCCCUAGGCACCACGAAACUGUUUAACGUCAACAAGGAACUCGUCAUGAUCCUGUGCUCCCCAUGUGGUCUACAUUGGUCCACCGAUGGGAGUCACAGAGACCCUGCAGACAACCGCAUCUUGAUAAUCAAUGCGCGGAUGAAACAGGAUCGCAUAAACCACAAUCGAAUCACUUGUGACGAUUGCGGUGCCGUCGAAGGUUCACCAUUGUGCAAGGGCAACCAUGUUGUGAACAAGACCAACCUCAAGGUUUUAUGCAGUAACUGCAAGAGAACCUACUGGGGAAGUAGCCGGACGUUGUGGUUACCGGGACCAUAUGCUCACACCUUCACGUGGUGUCCGGUGUUAAUCGCCAAAAGAGGUGAGACCAAGAUGAGCACCAAAAGUGAUGACUACUAUGAGCAGGAUCAGUCAUUUGCAUCACAAUUCGGAUUCAUUUCUAGUCUGCGGGAAAGGAUCUCCGCGGCAGACUUGGCUGUCCGCUGUCGAUUUGUCGAAUUCUCCGUUCAUAACCUUCCCGAGGAUGCAAACACGAAAAGGAAUUCGAUCACGACGACGAGACCUAGCGGGCUUGGAUGCAACAACUGCGAAGUGGAAGAGUUGAGAGGACUUGGAUUGUUAUUGAAUAUGUGGGAGUGGUGUUGAUUGCUUUGCGGUGGUUAGAGCCCUUGUCGCGGCCGUUCUGGCCCAAAAAUUCCAGGUAAGAACGCGAGGAGACGCCAAUUGCGUCUUGGAACUCGCCGAUUUUCAUCUCUCCGCUUUCUAUGAAGGCGCGAAUCCGUCGACGGACUUGGUCGCAGUUCCAGUCGAUGUAGUUUAGCCGUUCAUCGCCACUAUCAAUCUCAGGAGGGAUGUUCUCAGCACUUGAAGGGUCCAGGUCUGUGGAUUUCUUUUAAGAGACAUGGUGUUCUGUAUAGCGUUGAAUGGGUCUUUUAAUAGACUGAAUACAUGACAGAGAUGAGUUGAAUGAUGAAAAAUCACAUCAGUUGGUGGAAAACGCGUCGAAUUUGAGGAGGCUCAGAGGGGUGUAAACAAGCCCACCUCACAGACGCGCGAUAUGAGCUAUCACGGUUACCUUCAGCGGUCACCCUGCAACGAUCAGAGAAAUCUAAUAGCUCGUCAGAGUUUCAUUGG